CCUCACUGCGCAACUGUCAGUUCCAUCUUUUUACAAACCCCCAACAAUCCUUCCAUAAUCUUUUUUUUCGACAAAAAUCCGAGCUCAAAUUCAAUCUGUAAUCUACAAAGCUUUCGAUCAAUAGUUUACAAGACACUUCAACAAUCGACCCAUCAUGACAGAGCAUGUGGAUGUCCCCAACACAAACAAGGCCUUCGUGCCUCUUGAAAACAACCCCGAAGUCAUGUCCCACCUCGUCCACCAACUGGGCCUCCCACCCACCCUAGGCUUCACAGACAUCUACUCAAUCGACGAGCCUGACCUCCUCGCCCUCCCAGUAAUGUGGUUCAAGCAGACGAUCCGCAACGCCUGCGGGCUGAUUGGACUCCUGCACGCCGUAGCAAACGGCGAACCGCGCAAACAUGUCGUCCCUGGCUCUGAUCUGGACACUCUCCUACGUGAAGCGGAGCCGCUGGGUCCCAUCGCCAGGGCGGACUUGCUGUAUGAGAGUAAGGCGUUGGAGAGUGCGCAUGCGGACGCGGCGCGGGCCGUUGGAGAGGGACGGUUGGCGGAUGAUGAGGAUGCGUUGAGCGAUAAGGCGCUGGAGUUGGGGGUCAGGAGGUUUCUGCAGACGGAGGUUCGGGUGGGUAAUCCGGAUUUGAGAUUCAGUCUAGUUAGCCUGGGGCCUUCUUUUGAUUGAGGCUGUUGACGAAGCCUUGAUGGUGGUUGAAGUGGUUUAUCAUUGCGUGGUAUGUUACGACUGUGUAUAGUAGACAAAUUGGAAGGCUAUCAUGCCUCGCCUAAAGGCGUCUCGGGCGUUGGAACUGUCUUCCCAGAUAACCAGAUACAGUGUAUCAAUGGAUGUUGU